UUGACCAGGCGACAAUCAGGUGACACAGCCAUUUUAUCUUUCUCCGAGACCCCGGUAAUUGGCUCUGCGACAGGCACGGAGCGAAGGAGUGGGGGGGCAAAGACAACACUCAGGCACAUUCGCCCCAAGGCUUUUGUUUCUGAAACAAAAAGGAGUUGCUAUUUCUUUAUUCAAAUGCAGGCAGGAAGACGGAUGGACGGGAGGACUGGGAAGGGACCAGGAUAUGAAGGCCCAAGGGCAGCUCUGCGCAGCCGUUCUGGCAGGGGUCCCAGGAUGGGCGCAGCAGGCUUGGCACUGCUGGGGCUUGCCUUGAGGCUUAGGGCUGUCGCCGCUAGGCCAGAAAGCGAAAGCUUUUGUUCUAAGAGCCAGGUGGCCUUCAGAGAUGCUUGCUAUGAGUUUGUCACCUUCCGCGGGGCCCAGAGCUGGUGUGGAGGGCAAGGAGGCCAUCUAGUCUUUGUUCGCGAUGAGAGCACCCAGCGUUUUCUGCGGCAGCACCUCUCCCGCGACAGGGAGUGGUGGAUUGGGCUCGUGGGGACGUCAGCGCUCCAUGGGACCACGGGAGGACCCGGGACCUGGCUGGACACCUCCGAUGUGAGCUUCAGCAACUGGAAGCCGGGGCAGGUAGCUCCUGCUGCCCACGCCUGCGGCUACAUCAGGAGAGGCCCCUCCGCCGAGUGGGCAGCUACAGACAGCUGUGCCCAGGCCUUCGCCUCCGUGUGCGAGUUUGAGGCUGGCCAGAGCCUGGCGUGUGAAGGCCUCAAUGCCACCAUGCACUGUGGCUCUGGGGAGGUUAUCCAGGUCCAGGAGGCGGUCUAUGGGCGUCAGACCCCGCAUUACUGCAGCCAGGAUGCCCGGCGGCCCUCGGACCCAGAGGAGGACCGCAGCUGCGUCCGCGUCAGGGAUGAGGUGGCAGGCCAGUGCCAAGGGCUGCAGGUGUGCCAGGUGGCAGCAGAUGGGACCUACUUUGGAGACCUGUGCCCCCGUCAGGGCAGCUACCUGUGGGUGCGGUACCAGUGCCAGGAAGGGCUGCGGCUGCUGGUGUCCAACGAGAGCUUCAUCUUUGACAAUGUCACCAUCUCUCUGACAUGGCCCCUUUCUCCCUACGUCGGAAACCUGUCCUGCAUCCUUAGUAUGGGAGAUGGCCACACCCUUGAUCCCUACUACCCCCCCAGCUUGUCCAGCACCGUGAGCCACCGGUUCAUGUCCCCGGGAGAAUUCACUGUGCUCGCCGAGUGCACAACCAGCGAGUGGCACGUGAUGGCUCAGAAGCAGGUGACGCUCCGAGACAAGAUGGAGAGGCUCAGCGUCACCGGGUGCCCCCGCCUGUCCAGAUCAGAAGCUGGCCCUCUCUGCAGGGCUGUCUUUGGGGACCUUCUGUGGAUCCAGGUAGAGCUCGAUGCAGGAACAAGGGUGACUUACACUGUGCUCCUGGCUAACACGACCCUGGCUGAGUCCACCGCCCGGUGGGGCUCCCUGCCCUACAAUCUGACCCUGGAUGGAGACACCCAGGACCUGCUGGGCCCUGGGCAGCACUUCCUGGAGAUCCAGGCCCAGAGCAACAGCUCCGCCUCCACACCCUCCCAGAACCUCACCGUGCAGCUUGUGGAGCGGCUGUCAGGGCCGCAGGCCUCCUGGGAUUCCACCCGAGUGGAGCUGGGACAGGACCUUUUGAACAAUGUCUCUGUGGCUCCCAGUACCCUGGAAGGGCUGACCUUUGAGGUGACGGGACUCAAUGCCAGCUUCUCCCAAGAGGAAGAGAGCUUCGGGGAGCCAGCUGGGACUCACCUGGUGACACUUCCUGUUGAAGGCCCCUUUCUUGUCACCGUGCUGGUGAGGAACGCCUUCUGGAACUUGAGCUUAACUUCUACUCCCACUGUGUUCACAGCGCCUGCUGGUCUCCAAGAACCAUCCGGAAUGAAUGCUGAAGAAAAGAAUAGAGACGAGGGGUGUGCGGAGCUGUGUGCUGAGCCCGGCCUGUUCGUGGAUCCUUUCACUACUGUCACACUGAGCUGGCCCAACAAUGACAAGGACUUGCGCUUCCACUGGGCUCGUGGGCGAUGCUGAGCUCAGUGGAGCGACUGUGUCGAGAGGCAGCUGCUCCGCACAGAACACAGGGAGCUGGUGGUUCCCCCACCCUGCCUGCCACCGCCGGACUCGGCUGUCACCCUGCGCCUGGCCGUCCUGCGGGGCCGGGAGCUGGAGAACCAGGAAGAGCGGUGCCUCUGUGUGUCUGCGCCCCUGGACCUCAGGCCUCGGCUCAGGUGGGCGUCUAUGGACAGGUCUAAGGGAACAACAACCUCUGAGGACGAUGUUCUGCUCAGAGUCACCCUGGGACGUGACACCCCGGCAGCCGCGUUCAGCUGGUACUUAGAGGGUCCGUCUGCAGGGCAGGCUGAGCCCCUCCAGGACACCUGCAGGCUCCCAGGUUCUGGCCAAGGUUCCGCCCUCCUGCAGAGCAAUGCCUCCACGCUGCUGCUGGACAGCAGCUCCCUGCGGUCCUGGGGACAGGUGAUCCGGAUCCGAGCCACGGCGCUGACCGGGGACACGUAUGGGGAGGACACUUUCGUGAUCAGCAUGCUGCCUCCUCCCGAGGUGCCCACCUGUGCCAUCGUCCCAGAGGAGGGCACCAUUCUGACGAGCUUUGCGGUUCUCUGCAACACCUCAGUGGCUCUGGGGCCCCUGGAGUUCUGCUUCUGCCUGGAAUCAGGUUCCUGCCUGCGCUGCAGCCCUGACCCAGCCCUCCCCUCUGUGUAUCCACCACUUGGAAAUGACAGCAGUGACUUUGUGCUGACAGUGGUCAUUUCUGUCACCAAUCAGGCAGGGGACAGACAGCAGACCCACGCCACAGUCAAGGUGCGACUUGGUGACACUUGCAUGGAGGAUGUGGCAUUUGAGGCUGUGGUGCUGGAGAAAAUCACGGCCACCCUGCAGGGCGACAAUGGCCCCGAGCGGCUCCUCCAGCUGGCCAAGUCUGUGUCGUCCGUGCUGAACCAGGAGGGCCUGAGCCAGGGCUCCAGUGUGCUGCUGAGGACGGAUACCAGGCAGAAGGUCAGAGAGCAUGUGCUGAGGUCGCUGACCACAGUCACGGCCAGCCUGAAGGACAUGCAGAGGGUACAGAGGCUGGCCGAGGUGCUGAGAGAGCUGACCCACCACUGUGAGCUCAUGCCCACGGCCCAGCGGCAGGCCAGCCAAGCUCUGCACCGCGCCAGCGAGGCCCUGCCAGUCCGUCCUGAGGACCGGAGGCGCCAGGCGGCCGUCAGAGACCUGUUUGGGGCUGUGGGAAACGUACUGGAUGCCUCCCUGAGCUGCGGACCUGAGGAGCCCGGGGAGACCGACGCCAGCCAGGCUUCUGCAGUGGCCCAGCUGCUCAGAGUGGCAGAGCGCAUGCAGACCGCCCUCCUGCUGGGCACAUUGCCGGGGGGGCUUCCGGCCACCCUGGCCACCCCGUCCAUCUCCGUGUACACAAGCAGGAUAGUCCCCUGGAGCUGGCGAGGGUCCACCCUGCAUGUUGCUGCCACUGCUGACUCUGCGGCCUUCACUCUGCCCACCGGGCCCCUCCGCACCCCAGAGCAGGCGCCGGAGCCUGUCGACGUCAGGGUGAUGAGCUUCCGCUUCCGGAAGAGCCCCUUUCUGGCCGGAAGCAGCUUUGAUGUCAGUGGAGCUGUGGGCAGCCUGAGUCUGUGCAGCCCCAUGAGUGGAGCGCUCAUCCCCAUGAAGAACCUGUCGGAGAAGGUUGAGGUAGCUGUUUCCCGGCCUGCGGAAGGACACAGCACGCCGACCGUGUUGAACCUGACCAGGGCUGAGGUUCUGCGGGUGAAUGUGACCACGACAGCGUCGGCUCCGGGGGUCCAGCUGCACUGGGGACCUGGCAUCCCCCUCACGCUCAGCCUGGGCUACGGCUACCACCCCAACGCUACCAACGACGACGCCCAAACCUGCCUGACACCAGCGGCUGCUCCAGAUGAGCCGGCCACAUGGAUCCUGGGCCCCGAGGAGCUGCCCUUUGGAGCAGGCGUCUACUAUCUGAGCGUGGUUCCCGAAUCUGGCCUGGAGCUCGGCCCUGGCAAGGACCUCACCAUCGGCGUCACCACCUUCUUGUCCCACUGUGUUUUCUGGGACGAGGUCCAGGAGACUUGGGACGACUUUGGGUGCCAGGCGGGGCCGCGGACCGCGCUCUCGCAGACGCACUGCCUCUGCAGCCCCCUCACCUUCUUCGGAAGCACCAUCCUGGUCAUGCCCAGCAUCGACGCCCGCCGGACAGCAGAGCUCUUCGCCACCUUCGAGGACAACCCCGUGGUGGUGAGCACCGUGGGCUGCCUCUGCCUGCUCUACGUGCUGGCGCCGAUCUGGGCGAGGAGAAAGGAUGUGCAGAACCGGGCCAAGGUGAAGAUUACCGUGCUGGGGGACAGUGACCCCUGUGCUCAGUACCACUACCUGCUGAAGGUCUACACCGGGCACCGGCGAGGGGCGGCCACCUCCUCCAAGGUGACCGUCACCCUGUACGGCCGGGACGGAGAGAGCGAGCCGCACCACCUGGAGGACCCUGCGUCCCCUGGGUUUGAGCGCGGAGGAGUGGACCUCUUCCUGCUGUCCACCCUGUUCCCCCUGGGGGAACUGCAGGGCCUCCGGCUAUGGCAUGACAACUCGGGAGACCGCCCGUCCUGGUUCGUGAGCCGGGUGCUGGUCCGUGACCCCGCGACAGGCCAGAAGUGGUAUUUCCUCUGCAACUCGUGGCUGUCCAUCGAUGUGGGAGACUGCGUCCUCGACAGGGUGUUUCCAGUGGCCACGGAGCAGGACAGGACACGGUUCAGCCACCUGUUCUUUGCGAGGACGUCCGCAGUUUUCAGCAGCUCGGCUCACAGCCGCUUCACAUGGGUCCAGAGGGUGUCCUGCUGCUUCUCCCUGCUCCUCUGCACCAUGCUGACCAGCAUCAUGUUCUGGGGGGUCCCCAAGGACCCCGCUGAGCAGAAGAUGGACUUGGGUGAUGUCGCGUUCACGUGGCAGGAAGUGAUGGUCGGGCUGGAGAGCUCCCUGCUCAUGUUCCCCAUCGACCUCCUGAUCGUGCAGAUCUUCCAGCAGGCCCGGCCUCGGGGUGCCAAGGCGCAGGAUGCUGGGGCCCCCAGCCCAGCAACGGCACCACAGGCCCUGGACGGUGUCCUUAUGACAGCGGACACAGUGAUCAAGGCAGGACACACAGUCAUCAGCUCUCUGUGCAGAGCGCUGAAGCUGCCGCCCCCCGCCUCCGGCUGGGGCUCUCUGAGCUCCAUGGAGGUCAACUCGCUGCUGGCCGUGGCGGAGGACAUCAUUCGCCCUGGGGACCCAGCGGGGCGGGGCCGGGUGGAGGAAGCCAAGGGGAGAGAGGACGCUUUCGGGUCUGCGCCAUCACUCUCCCCUUGGCCCUCAGAGUGGACACCACGCCCUGAGCUUGAGCUGGCCUCCAGGGCCCUUUGGGAGGACGACACCCACAGGCAGUGCCUCCACCGCCAGCUGGAGCACUUGGAGCAGGAGCUGCAGCUGCUGGGACCGCAUGGCUUCCCAGAGCAACACAGCCACAGCAGGGCGCUUGGGCAGCUGCACAUCCUGAAGGGCCGCCUGGGGGUGCCCGCCUCCACGCAUGCCAGGGUGGCGGCCUUCUUCACCAUGAUCUACGGCCUGCACUCCGGGCGCGUCAGCUCCCUGCGGUGGCUGCUGUCCAUGGCCGUGUCCUUGGCGGAGAGCGUGUUCAUCACCCAGCCUCUCAAGGUGCUGGGCUUCUCCGCUUUCUUCGCGCUGGUCUUGAGGAGAGCGGACGACGAGGAGGAGCUGGAGCUCCCCCUGCUGGGACACCUGUCAGGCCCAGAGCCAGCUGUCCUUCUUCCGGCACGAAGAUACAGCAGCGUCUACCAGCCACCUCUCCCAGCUGCCAUCGAGAGGAUGAAAGCCACCCAGCUAAAGGAGCAGAAGGCGUUUGCCCUCGUCAUGGAAAUCCUGGUGUACCUGGGCUUCCUGUGGAUGCUGCUGCUGGUGGCCUACGGGCAGCGGAACCCGAGCGCCUACCACUUCAACAGGCACCUGGAGCGCAGCCUCACUAGAGGCUUUUCAGAUGUGCUGGGCUUCUGAGAGUUCUUCGAGUGGGCCGACAGUACCCUCGUGAACAGCCUGCAUGGUCCGUACCCAGGCUCUGUCACGGAUGGGAACUCCAGGCUGGUUGACAGUGCCCACAUAUGCCGCACAGCAUAUUCCCUGGACGAGGAAGACCAGGCCAACUAUGGGGAAGGCUGGAACGCCUCUGCCCUCGACAGCAGUGCCCUCUUUUCCCAGGCCUGGCAGUACCAGGGCCAGAGGCAGCACCAAGGCUACCCAGUGUGGGGCAGACUGGCUCUGUACCCCGGGGGAGGCUAUGUGGUGCCUCUGGGGACAGAGCGCCAGGGCACGGCCAGAGUCCUCUGCUAUUGCUUUGACCAUACCUGGCUGGACACCCUGACCAGGGCUGUGUUCAUGGAAUUCACCGUCUAGAAUGCCAACGUCAAUCUGUUCUGCAUCGUCACACUCACGCUGGAGACCAGCGCCCUGGGUGGGCUUCCCACCCCGAACCCUGCCGCCCAGCAGGCCUGCUGCAGGCCCAGGGCAGAGGAGGGGGCAGGGCUUCAGAGCCCACGGGAUCCGAACCCUGAACCCGGUCAUGGGUGCCUAUCAGUGGUAGAGGCACUUUCGGCCACAGGCCUCGCAGAACCUCGGCUUCCUUUCCAUUGCCAGCGUGUGCGGCAGCAGAAGUGGGGCUACUUCCGCAGCAAGUGGAACCUGCUGGAACUGGCCAUCAUCCUGGCCAGCUGGAGCGCCCUGGCGGUGUUUGUGAAGAGGGCCGUCCUGGCGGAGCGCGACCUGCAGCGCUACCGGAAGCACAGGGAAGAGUAAGGGAUGAGCUUCAGAGAGACAGCAGCAGCCGACGCUGCCCUUGGGUACAUCACUGCCUUCCUGGUCCUCCUGUCCACAGUGAAGCUUUGGCAUCUGCUCAGGCUGAACCCCAAAACGAAUGUGAUCACGUCGGCCCUGCACCGUGCCUGGGGUGACAUUUCGGGCUUCAUCAUUGUCAUCCUUAUCAUGCUCCUGGCUUAUUCCAUCGCCUCAAACUUGAUUUUUGGUUGGAAACUCCAUUCCUACAAAACCCUCUUUGAUGCAGUGGAAACGAUGACCAGCCUUCAGCUAGGAAUCUUCAACUAUGAGGAGGUCCUGGACUCCAGCCCAGUGCUUGGCUCCUUCCUAAUUGGGUCGUGCGUCAUUUUUAUGACGUUUGUGGUUCUGAAUCUGUUUAUCUCUGUCAUCCUGGUGGCCUUCAGUGAGGCACAAAAAUGUGAUCAGCUGUCAGAGGAAGCAGAAAUUGUGGAUUUGCUCCUGAUGAAAAUACUCAGUUUCCUGGGCAUCCGGUGCAAAGGAGAGGAACAGAGUGGCUGUGAGCAGCCUGUGUCGCCAUCCACAGCUCAGUGCCCUCGGCCAGAACAAGCUUCACCUGGGAUCUAAGAUCCUCACCCACGGGGAUCAGCACCUCCCAGGGAGGUGGGCGCCCCUCUGGGAACCAGGAUUUAUGUCUGUAGAUGAAUCACUUAGCCCAGCAAGUAGAAAAGUAAGGACACGUGCGUCCUAAAGUCGGCACUGCUUUGAAAGCCUGUUUGUGCAUGUGUGUUUCCUCCUACAAAUAAAAAAUAAUUAUGCAGAAAUGAGUCUUCUCUAAUUUCAUCUCCGGUUGGUCAGGGG